CUGCGCACGAUCGCUGCGGCCUAGUCACCGUGCGGUUUGUCACCUGACUUACUACGCAUCGUGCUCACGCCAAAGGUGGGGGCGGUCUAGCGCAGUGGACACACAACAAGCGAAAAAACUUAAGACAAUUAUUGGCGGUCGUUGUAGCGGGUUUUGCGGCGGUUUCACAAUUUCCAUUUGGACGAGAGUCGUCGCCAGCCCUCGGUGGACGGUGAACGCAGUCGCCUCGACGUCUCCGAUUCUCUUAAUUCACUUGCCACAAACACGACGAUCGAUACGCCGAUCGCGCGGCUACGCAUCAGCUAUGCGCCCAUUCCGGCCGAUGUUUAUGAUCGCCGUUCACGUUGGCUGACAGCUGUCAGUCUCACAUUCGGGUCGCCAGUGAGUCACCGGAUCGGCAGCCGAGGGCCUCCUCCUCAGACGAUUCCCGAGACAGUAGCAUAAAUCGUGCGGUAUAAACUCCACGGGCACCCGCACGGAACGGGAUCAACCCCCCCGCAAGUAUAGGUCGCACGUCACCUACCCUUUGUUCAGAUGUCCAGGUAUUUUUUCGAUAUCACCGGCAUGGCGUCCAGCUCUGUUAGCCAGGAAGACUUUGAGAACGAUUUUGAAUAUACCAGGAGAACCAAAAUCAGAAGUAGACCUAGAGUAGGCCCAGCAAGGACAGGAGAUGUAUCUUCCAUAAGCUUUCAAAAAAAUACACCCGAUGUUGAAGAAUCGCAGGGUGCUGCAGGAUAUGACACAAGUUCGAAUCCUGUGCUUCCGCUCGAGCAUGAAAAUCCUCAAAGCAAACCCAUAAUAAGAAAACAGGAUAAACGUGUGGCUGGCCGUGUCUUUAGUGUCGUAUCCUGUUUGCACAGGCCAACGCAUAUAAACAAGGGGAAGCAGCAACGCGAUCGACGGAAACUCCGAGAAAAACGGCGUAGCACAGGAGUCGUGCAUUUACCAUCGACAGAGAGCACUGGAGGUAGUACGGGAGAAGACGAGGAGGAGCUUAGCGGCACUUGCCUUGAAACUAAGCACAACACGCAUCACAAUGAAUUUCUUGAUCACGAAUUAAUAGAAGAGCGGAACGCUAGAAUGUAUGCGCAAAGACGAAACAAAAGUCAUUCUGAUUUGGAGGCCGACGACGAAGAGUUCGAUUCUCUCAAUCAGUCCGACAGCAUUAAUCAAUCGGAUCAUGGCAAUCAUGAACCACAGACAUCUGUCAAUGUGACUGUCAGACCCAGAUUGCCGACGCCAACGGGUGACAACCCACACGAACUGAUUGAACGAGCGCAAGAGGAAAACAGGAGGCUGUUAUCCCUUCUGGAAGAUCGGGACCAUAAAAUAAUGGCGCUUGAGGCUCGCCUUUUAAAGCAACAGCAUGAGAUGGCUGUGGAACGAGAACGACUUCGCGAAGAGAAUGCUACGUUGAUUCGCGCAAUGGCGGCAUUAGCCAGCAACUAAUCCUCUUCGUGUAAUAAAAAUUUUGGCUCUUUGCUCCUUAUAAUAAUUACUGAGCUGCAGGAUGAGUCAUAAGUCGCGCACCGCGCUGAUUUCUUAAUUACAUUAUACUAUAUCUUCUUAUUUGGAAUUUUCUUAUUUAGAACGAUCGUCCUAUUGAAAAUCUAAUUUUCACAUCGUCUCCCAAUAUUUCAAUUAUUGGGAAAUUUAUAGCAGCCAUGAGCUGAACGACUGACAAUUACGCAUUGCGUUCAUUAUUUUAAUCAUUGUUGAUAUUGUGAUAUUUUUUUAUAUAGUACGAAAUGCAAAAUGAUCGACAAACGACCUAACGUUUUCUUUAUUAAAUAUUGAAUCGAUAGAAUGAAUAGAAUUUUUAUUUUCAUUAUAUUUGGAUCUUUGAAAAAUUAUCAAAUUAUAUUAUAAAACAAAAGUUACACAUCACAGUAAAUAUCUUAAUUGCUUUUGUAAUAUCCUGCAUAUUUUUACUCAAUAUGAUAUAAAAUAAUUGAAUGUUAAGUUUAUCUUUUGUCUAUGAUAUUUUUCUUAGAAAAUAUUGGAUUUCUGUAUGAUUUAUAUUAAUUUUCAUUUUUUUCUAAAUGAAAAUUGGAAAACGAUACAAAAUUAUCCUUUUAUAUGGCUUUUUUUGUGUUGACUAUGACGUAAUCAAAUAAACUGAAAGCGCAUCAUA